GAUUCUGUCGUUGAUUUGUUUCGUUUUGCUUCUUCUGGAGGCCGACAAAGAUUAUUAUCGACGCGAUUAUUACGGCUAUUGGUAUCCGCCUUCCGAUCAAUUCUUGAUUUUAGUUUGUUUUGCCAAUUGGUAUACAAUCACAUUGAUGUUGAUAGCAGCGCUGGUAUCAUUGGGAACGGCUAGCAUUUUACCGAAAACCAGUUUUGAUUUCAUAUAUCACUUCAUUGGAUGCAUACUAUACUUUGUCGGAGGUCUUUGGGUGGCUAUCGGUGCCUUCAAACACGAAAACCGUAGCACUUAUGUGCAGGUGUCGUGUGUGUUGGCCCUCAUCUGCGGAAUACUUCAUUUGGUUCACGGAGUCUUCUCUUACAGACUCUGUAUUACUAAUUGAGACACAAUUCAAACAAUACUCUAAAUG